AUGGCUAAACUUGAAAAACAUAUAUGGACUAGGCUGAACAACUUUGAACAAGUUGUGAGAAAGGUGGCCGAGGCUGUAAAUGUCGACAACAAGAUGUAUACGUCUCACGACCACCCUUUCACAGAGAACAUCAUUCGGGUACCACUGCCCGAUAAAUACAAGCCGCCGCUUAUCCCAUUGUACGACGGAAGAAGUGGCCUAGACGACCACCUGGAAGUCUACACGGGGCACAUGGUCCUACAUGGAUACCUCGAGGAGGUUAUGUGCCGCGCGUUCAGAAAUCAUCUCUCUGACUCUGCCAGGAGAUGGUUCAGGUCCUUAAAGCCGAACUCAAUAACCAGCUGGGAUGACAUGAAGAACGCCUUCCUGACUCAGUUCAUAGGUGUUAAGAAGUACAUCCCACCAAAACAAAACCUCUCGAGUGUAUAUCAGGGACCAAACGAGUCCUUAAAAGAUUGGAUAACCCGGUUUGGGGAACAGGUGGCUGCCACCAAAGGGAUCUCCGACAAGGUAGCCUUGAUGGGGGCCUUGUCAAGCAUGAAGAAGGACAUCCCAUACAUCAUGGACCUCGACCGGAGGCCAUCCCAAACUUACCAAGAAUUCCUGACAAGGGCCCAGGGAUUCAUUAACGCAGAUGAGGCCAAAAAUGCCUUAAAGAGCAAAGUGGUGGUUCCCACCAAAGAAGAGGUGGGACAGCCGAGCCAACAAAAUAACGGUAAGAAGCGCCGAGGUAAUCCUCAAGUGUAG